AUGACCUCCAUCUGCAUGGACUACGGGACUUUCGUCUGUACCAACUGCGCUGGGAUCCACAGGGAGUUCCAGCACAAGUGCAAGGGCAUCACCAUGUCGAACUGGACGCUGGAGGAGGUUGACAUCUAUCCCUUGUUGCCCGCAUGCCGUUGA